UACUCGUAAUCUCCAGUUUAACAUCACUUCUUUGUCUUCUUCUAAGUACCGACUACCGUUGGCCUGUACUAGGAAGCUAAAUGGCGCUAUAUAUGCUGCUCUUAGUUCGGUUCUUCCAACAUUGCCUUCAACUUGUUGAAAUUUCCCGGUACUUCCCCUCCCCUACAGAACGAUGUCCAAAAAGCAUACUGUCCUCAUUACCGGCUGCUCUGAUGGCGGUCUUGGCUCGCACCUUGCCCUCCAAUUUCACGCUGCCGGGUGGCGCGUCAUUGCCACAGCUCGAAAUCUGUCCAAGCUCAAAGAGGCCAAGAAGUCGGGCCUUGAAAUACUCCAUCUCGACACCCUGUCUGACGACUCCAUCCGCAAGUGCGUUGCUGAGGUUAGCGAGCUGACCGGCGGAUCACUUGAUGCGCUGGUCAAUAAUGCGGGCGCUGGAUACUCAAUGCCAGUCAUGGAUAUCGACAUCCAAAAGGGGCGUGAUCUUUUCGAGCUUAAUGUCUGGUCUAUUAUCAGUGUGACGCGGGCAUUCCUUCCACUUCUCAUGCUCUCAACUCGUGAAGGCGGCGCCCUGCUCAUUAACCAUGGCUCUCUUUCUGGAACCAUUGCAGCUACAGGCCCCUUUGCAGGUGUAUACAAUGCUUCCAAGGCAGCAGCAGCUAGCUUCACGGAGAAUCUACGAUUAGAGCUCCAACCGUGGAAUAUUAGAGUCAUCAACUUGCUAACGGGUGCUGUCCGAUCCAAUUUUCACGUCAAUGCGCCACGUCCCGAGUUGCCGCCAAAUUCGCUCUUCAAUAUUGCCAAGGAGAUCGUUGAACAAGCCAUGGAUAACUCAGAUGAUUCUGGUGAUACUGAUCCUGAGACAUGGGCGCGCCAGGUUGUGCAAGAACUCAGCAAACGCAGCCCUGCGUAUUGGAUCUGGCGAGGCAAGUUCUCGACGUUGGUGAGGCUGGGUAACAUUCUCCCAUUGGGGUUCUUCGAUCGCAUAAUGAAGAAAAUGGUAGGGCUGGACAUAAUCGAGAAAAGAGUCCAGCAGCGGCGAUCGACGUCUUGAAAAACAAUAUAGUGAGAGAUGGACAUGAACAUUGAGUUAAAGAGGGAUUAAAAGAUAUUUCUCGCCGGUCCAAACAGCUUACGGUGAAUGGGAUAGGGCAAAGGCUUAUUAUUCUCAGUUAUAUCCUUCGUACCGUGUGGCAAGGCCACUUGAAUACUUCGC